GUCCUCUUAUAUAAUAGACAUGAAAACGCUUACAUUUUAGCAAGCAAACCUCCCUUUUUCAGUUGCUCCUACUCGAAAAAGAAACGAAAAAACUGCUAAAUACCAAGAACUGAUAACCAUCUAGGUAUCAGCAAGAUGGCGAUGAAGAGGAUUCUAAAAGAGCUUCAAGAUAUAAGGAGAGAUCCUCCUACAUCAUGUAGUGCAGGUCCUGUGUCUGAAAACUUAUACCAGUGGCAAGCAACAAUUAUCGGCCCUGCCGAUUGCCCCUAUGCUGGCGGCGUCUUCCUUCUAAGUAUUCACUUCCCCAGUGAUUAUCCCUUCAAACCACCAAAGGUUGCCUUCAGAACCAAAGUGUUCCAUCCAAACAUCAACAAUAACGGGAAUAUUUGCCUAGACAUCCUCAGGGAUCAAUGGAGCCCUGCUCUCACUAUAUCCAAAGUUUUACUAUCAAUAUGUUCUCUACUUACAGACCCAAACCCUGAUGAUCCUCUGGUACCGGAGAUCGCUCACAUGUACAAAAAGGAUCGAACCAAGUACGAGACAACAGCUCAGAGCUGGACGCUCAAGUAUGCAAUGAAUUAAGCACUCGAGUCUCUCCCCUUAAAGCAUCAAGUUUCUUGAUAUUUUUCCCCCAUUGUAACACUUCAGAUUCAAACAAGGCUUUUUCUAUGGCAAGGAAAUGAAUUUUAUUACCAAAUUUUGUUUCAGUCUCAUCUUAUGUACCUUGAAAUUCCGAGUAAAUGAAUAAAUUGAGUUCACACA